AUGGCGCCCCCGCCGGACCAGGGCUCGGGGUCCGGCGCCACGCCCGAGGCGGCGGCCAUGCUGAGGAGGCAGAUGUCCGCCUGCGCCUGCGCCUGCGCCCGCGAGGAGCCCGUCGCGUGCCACGACCGCAUGCUCUCCGCCUCCACCACCUCCUUCUCGUCGCCCGCCGCGUCACCGGCGCUCUCCACCUCGUCCUCCUCCACCAACUACCUGCCGGCGUCCAACAAGCUGUCGUCCGAGAGCAUCCCCUUCGCGGCGCCCGAGUUCGGCAAGCUCUCCUCCAUCUCCUCCACCUCGUCCUACGAGAGCUUCUUCCACAUCGAGGCGUCCGACCUCGGCGCCGACGCCGAGUUCCUGGACUUCGAGCCGGCCGCGACGCGGGCGCCCGCGGCGCAGACGAUGAUGGCGCAGCAGCAGCAGAGGCCCGAGGGCGGCGCCGCCGCGUACGACCCCAAGCGGCUCCCGUCGUCCAUGUUCCGGACGCGGUCGACGACGACGAGCCCCGCCGACUGGAGCGUCACCUCCAACGAGUCGCUCUUCAGCAUCCAGCUCAGCCACUCCGGCGACCUCGGCGCGAUGUACGCGGACCUGUACUACGACGCCGCGGGGUUCCCCAGCUUCCCCACCGGGCGCGACGCGCCCCUGAAGCUGCCGUCCCUGUCCGAAUCGUCGGUGCGCUCUGGGGGGCUGUGCGUGAGGCACGACUGCGCCAGGUGCAUCGGCGCCGCCGCCGGCAAGACCAGGAAGUCCGUCAGGUUCGCCACCACCACCGAGAGCGUCUCCACCGAGGGCAAGCACUCCGUGGUGACGCUUGAGGUCGCCAUGGAGCAGGAGAAGGCGCCGGCGUCGGAAACGAAGGCCCCGGCGGCGGGAUGGUGCGAGUUAGGGUGCUGUUUGCCGUCGCCAGCGCCGGCGUGGUGGCCUCGCUGCUGCUUGUGCGGCGGCUGCGGCUGCCAGUGCAAAUGGUGGCUUUGA